AUGGAGUCCCUCUACCACAGCGCCGCGGGGUCCGCCAGGGGGCUGCGCGAAGGCACCAAGAGUGGCUGUGAGUCUGCACCUGAGGACUCUGUCCCUGAGGACUUGGAGGUCCAAGUUCCUAGAAGAGCCUUCUUGGUCACCAGAGGGAACAGCUGCUUUGGAAAAGCAACUGCCAUUGAAAUAGCCAAGCAAGGUGGCACAGUUCACCUGAUUUGUUGAGAUCGACAGACGGAAGGUGCCAAAGGUGAGAUCCUCAGGGAGAGCAGUGACCAGAACAUCUUUCUCCACGUUGUGGACUUGUCUGAUCCCAAGAAAAUCUGGAAAUUUGUUGAAAAUUUCAAGCAGAAACGUAAACUCAGUAUUUAAAGAAAGCUCACAGAAGAUGGACUUGGAAAAAACUUGGCUACCAAGACUCUGGGGUGGAUAUCUCUUCCUCUCAGUCAGUGCAUGAGGUUCAGAGGCAUCUUUGCUCCAGUUCUGGGGAGAGGAAAACCUGAGACUGGAGAAGGAACAACGGCGCAAGCAAUGGCAACGCAGAGCCAGUUACGGGCCACGGAGAGAAGGGGGUCCGCAGCACCCAUAGCUCCCCACCUCACGGAUGCUCUGUGCCUCUUCAGGUGGGCAUAUCCUCAGACUGUCCUGAGCCCUGUGUUGGAGAAAGAACACGACCCCAGAGUGAUAACAGUCUCCUCAGGAGGAACGUUGGUUCAGAAAUUGAACACCAAUGAUCUACCGUCAGAAAGGACAGUGUUUAGUGGAACUAUGGUCUCUGCACAAAACAAGAUGCUGUGUUCCCCGAGGUCUGUGGGCAAUGGGGGUGUAGCCUGCAGCCAGCCCUGGGCCGCCUGCGGUGAGGGGCAGGCUGCGGGCGGACGGCCGGGGUUUGGUGGGGACACUAGCUGUGAGAGGAGCUCCAUGCUCAAGGAUGGGCUGCACUCUGUGGCCCAUGGGGCGGGACGGACCUCGGGCCUGAGCAGCGGCAGGCAGAGGACGCUCGGCAGUUCUCCUGUCUUGGCCCUGUCACUUUUAAAUCAGAAACCACUUCCCACACACAUGCCUCUUGUUAGAACAUCUUCCUCACCGGCUGAAGAUAAACUAAUAGAAAUCUUGGAAGAGCUGGCUCAGAGAUUUAAAUAGACCAGCCAGACCCUACCCAGGGCCAGAAUCACCUUAGAAAAGACGAGAAGGUGUGGACUAGGGGCCAG